AUGUCGGACUCUGAAGCUGCCUUCAACUGGCUCCAGUCAAAUCUCCCCUCGGUACUCUCCAAGUUUGGCACUGAGGUCGACCUCUCCUGUUGGGUGACUGGCGGAGACAGUGCCGGCGCCGCAAUCGCGGCCUGGGGUUCGCUCCGCUUGGAACCCAUGCCCACAGCCUUCGUGUCAGUAUACGGCAUGUCGACCUGCAGUGACCCCUACUUCCUCCCGCCCGGCCGGGACCCGCCGCUGAAUAAGGUCGUCAACUCGCUGCAGGCGAUCCAGGCGUUCUGCGACGAGCGCGACCCGGCGAAAGCCGAGUUCUGCGGCGUGUUCAAGCACGAGCUCCCGCCCAACCUCACUCUGGGGCAGUUACAGGCGUACUGGGGCCUGCCAUCGGACUGGGAACCGCCAAAGACGGCCCAGAUGCGCAUCGACAUGAUGACGUACGAAUACGAGCGGCGGCUCAUGAGCGUGAUCGGUGGACGGAGGGAGACGUUCAACAGCGACGAGGAGUGGAUGGAGAGCUUGAAGCCGCUCGAUGUCGUUCGGCAGGUGCAUGAGAGGAAGCGGUUCCCGCCAGCAUUCAUGGUGCACGGGGAGAAGGACUGGACCGUUCCGACGUACCAUACGCGAAACCUCGAGGCGGCGUUGCGCGCCGAGGGUCUGCCGUGCAGAGCAAUGUACCUGCCCGGCGAGCUGCACAACUUUGACCUAAAGAUCGCCGGCCCGCAAGAUCCGGAAUGGGACACGGUCAUUACCCCCUUGCUCGACUUUGUCGAUUCGUACGUGUACGGCGACGCGGCGGAACGUUCGCCAAAGGAGAGCCGGUUGUAA